GACCUGCGGAACUCCCGCGCUUUCCGGCUGCCCAGCCUCUCAGCCUUGUGCCCUCGCCAUGGAGGGGGUCGCGGUGGUGACGACGGGCAGCCCCGACCCGGCCGAGGCCGAGGGGGCCGCUGCCAGGCCGUCCCCAUCUCCUGACUCUCCGCCUACUCUCACCCCGGUGCCCUUGCCCGAGGCGGGGGCUUCCGGGUGCUCGGGCUCCCGACCCCCAGAGCUGGAGUUCGAACGCAGCCUUGGCCGCUUGAAAAGCCGCUUCGAAGACUACGACGAGGACCUGGAGGAGGAGGAGGAAAUGGAGGAAGACGAGGAGGAGGAAGAGGAGGAGGAGGAAGAAAUGAGCCACUUCUCGCUCAGGCUGGAGGCGGGGCGGCCCGAGUCCGAGGACGAAGAGGAGCGCCUGAUUAAUCUUGCUGAGCUGACCCCAUACAUCUUGUGUUCCAUUUGCAAAGGUUACUUAAUAGAGGCGACUACCAUUACAGAAUGUCUUCAUACCUUUUGUAAAAGCUGCAUCGUAAGACAUUUCUACUAUAGCAACCGAUGUCCAAAGUGCAAUAUUGUAGUACAUCAGACACAACCUCUUUAUAACAUAAGGUUGGACCGACAGUUACAAGACAUAGUGUACAAAUUAGUGGUCAACCUAGAGGAAAGAGAGAAAAAGCAAAUGCAUGAUUUCUAUAAAGAAAGAGGUCUAGAAGUGCCUAAACCUGCUGUUCCACAGCCCGUCCCUUCAAACAAAGGAAGAGCUAAGAAAGUUCUAGAGUCAGUGUUUCGUAUUCCACCUGAACUUGAUAUGUCUUUAUUACUAGAGUUCAUUGGUGCUAAUGAAGAUACAGGACAUUUUAAGCCAUUGGAAAAGAAGUUUGUUCGAGUUUCAGGAGAAGCAACUAUUGGACAUGUAGAAAAAUUCCUCAGAAGGAAAAUGGGUCUUGAUCCAGCUUGUCAGGUAGAUAUCAUCUGUGGGGACCACUUGCUAGAGCCGUACCAGACUCUCCGGGAAAUCCGACGUGCAAUAGGUGACUCAGCAAUGCAGGAUGGUCUGCUUGUCCUUCAUUAUGGUCUUGUUGUUUCUCCUCUGAAAAUAACUUGAAUAUGCUAGGGGUAUUAUGAGGAAGAGGAAGAGGUUUUUUGCACAACUGCAUCUCACCAAAGAUUCCCACCAAACAGUCACCACCACUCUGCUGUGUAAGACAAAUGUCUGUUUUCAGCACCCGGAACAAUAGCAUUUAUAGGCAAUGGGAAUGUAUCUGUUUCUCCAGAGACUAUAUAUUAAAAAGCACUCAGCUCAGGGCAAAAAGUUGACAACACUGAAAUUUUAAAUUCCUUGUAAUUGCAAAUAUUUUGAGGUUGUUUUCUGCUUCCUUCCCAUCUUUGAGGUAAACUGGUGACUGUCUACUCCUUUGUUAAGCAAUAAAUCUUCCAAGUUGGUGUUUGGGUUUCUGCUGUCCUGAAAGGCAUCAGUUGGGCAACAUCUUUUUGGAAUAAUGAAGAUGUAUUUGAAUCAGAUUCAGUUUAACAAAAGUCAGUCUUUGUUAACCUGCAGUGUACUUUCAAAGACCCUGUUGACCCUUUUUUGUAUGUUGUAUCAUAGUUUAAGCUUGUAUCUUUUAUGUCAGUAACACUACUAAGGAAAUGUUACUCAGUUCUAAAAUGGAUGAAUUACUCUUACUUUGUAUGGAGAGACUGUCACUUAUAGGGGUUUUGGCCUGUGCCAUAAGCCUCUGAUGUAAUAAUACAUCUUCACAUGUCUCAGAAGAGGUGCUUCUUUCUGAUGAUUUUUAAAUUUUAUUUGCCUAUACAGUUGGUUGUUACCAGUGCUUCAGGCAUAGUGGUAUCAUUCAAGAUUCCUAUAGUAUGGUUGUUGAUACCUCCUAAUAGCACUGCUUCUGAAAGUAACAAAACACUUCAGGUGAAUUUCAGAAGUUUACAGAAUACUUACUCUUUUCUUCAGUAAGACAGCUUUACCUAUUUAAUGUUUAAAGUUCACUUACUCAUUUUAUCACUAAACGCUCACUUUCAUGCAAAGACUUCCAUUUUAAACAUUAUUUUGACUAAAAUUGUUAUCCUAAUGCUUUCUAAAAGACAUAUUUUUACAUUCUAUUUCACAGAAUUUCCAAAUGUGUAUAGAACUUUAAAAAUUGGACACAGAUUGGCAGUUGUUUUGUAAAGAAUGUGUGAGUUGUGUAUCAAUCUCUUUCUUCUAACAUUUAAUAAAAAUUUAUUUUAGCCUA